AUGGAGUCCCUGAUAACAGCAAGUGACAAAACCAAGGCUGAAAGUGGUCGACACGACAGCUUCAGCUCGCAGAACUCACAAACUGCAAGACAAUUUAUUGAGUCCCAGCUCCAACUGGAGGCAGAUGCACGCGAGGCUCUGCCUUAUUCCUUCGAUUCCUGUACAUAUGCCCUUGGGCCAUUACGACAGAUUCUCUUCGCUUGUCUAACAUGCAAUCCUCCUCCAAUCAAUCCAAACGAAACCUACGAUGCCGCUGCUGUCUGUUACUCAUGUUCGAUCUCGUGUCACGGUGAACACGAAUUAGUUGAGCUCUUCAACAAGCGCAAUUUUGUUUGUGACUGCGGUACCACUCGCCUGCCCUCGACUUCCACUUGCAAAUUACGUGAAGACCCCAGGACUGGAAAGAAAGGUGUUCACUCCCAAGAAGCUGCAGUGGGUAAUUCCUACAACCACAAUUUCCGCAAUCAAUUCUGCGGCUGUAACGAACAGUAUGACGCCCAGAAAGAGAAGGGAAUCAUGUUUCAGUGCCUGGGGAUUGGCACAGUCGAGACUGGCGGCUGUGGCGAGGAUUGGUGGCAUCCGGAAUGUCUGAUCGGGUUAUCGCGCGAUUGGAACAAGGCAGAACCCAAGGCCAAUGUCGAUGGCGACGCUACCCAUGUUCAAGCCGAGGAAGAGGAGACUCCGCUUCCACCCGGAUUCCCACUUGAGGAUGACUUCCAUCAUUUGAUCUGCUUCCAGUGCGUUGACUCAAAUCCAUGGAUCAAGCCAUAUGCUGGAACGCGCGGUUUUUUGCCACCGGUUUUCAAGGAAGGUGGGCUGAAGAAGGAGGUACAGAUGGCAGCCCAGGAUUCCACUCUCAAGAUCGAGACCAAGGAGCUUAAGUCCGAGGAAAUUGAGCGCCAGGAAUCAGAUGCCAAGGAUCCGGACCAGGCCAACACCAAAAAGCGCAAGGCGGAUGACGAGGAUCAUCUGGAAGACAGCUCUACCAAGCGACCCAAGGAAGAAUCGGUACCUGUAGAGGUACCUGCAGAGGAGCAGAAACCUGAAUCUACAACCUUGAAGGAAGGACUAGUCAAGAGAGAGGAAGAUACCAAGGCUUCUCUGGUCCCUUCUGUCCCUAUACACAUCACUCUUCCCGAAACCGCGCCAACCGAAUCAUUCUCCCUCUUCGCCCCCGAAGACUUCUACAGCCAACUCUGCCACUGCGCAGAAUGCUUCCCCAAACUUGCACUUCAUCCUCAACUCCGUGAAGAGGAAGAUACAUACGAGCCCCCUCUCUCAGAAGACGGCGGCGCCAACGGUGCUGCCAGCACGGGCACAGGCAGUAUUCUGGAGCGCGGCGAGGCAGCGUUCAACAACAUGGACCGCGUGCGCGCUAUCGAGGGUGCAAUGGCUUACAACCACCUUCGCGAUAAUCUCAAGGAGUUCCUGAGACCCUUCGCUGAGAGUGGACAAGCUGUCAGUGCGGACGAUAUCAAGAGUCACUUUGAGAAGCUGCGUGGUGAUGACCAGGGCAUUAAGGAUGCUGCUGGUCAUGCUUCUGCUGCUGGUGGGGGUCAUGAUCAGGACGGUACUGAUGGUGAUGGUCGUCGCGAACAGAAUGGAUACUGA